GAGGAGGAGGAGGAGGAGGAGGAGGAGGAGGAGGGGGAGGAGGAGGCCCAGGAGGAGCCUGACUGCAGGGAGGAGACUCUCCACUCCCGCCGCCGGGCAUCCAGCCGGGCUGGCCCCCGAGAGGCCUGCGGCAGGACAUGAGGAGGCCCCCGGGCUGAGCCCAGGAGCCCCAGGGAUGCUGGGAGGCGAUUGUGUCUGAUGGAGAAGAGAAGCCUGGGGAGCCCUGUGACCCAGAGAUGCCCCUCGGCCAUGGGCAGCGCCCCCCGAGGCCAGACCCCUGCCCUUCUGGGAGUGGAUGGGUUGCUGGUGGUGAAGGUGGAAGAGGAUGAGGAGGCUGCCUGUGAAGAGGUGCCCGACCCUGAGUCCUGGAGGCUGCGCUUCCGCCAGUUUGGCCACCAUGGGGGGGCAGUGGGGCCCCAGGAGGCCCUGGCCCAGCUGCGGGAGCUGUGUCACUGCUGGCUGAGACCUGACAUCCACACCAAGGAGCAGAUGCUGGAGCUGCUGGUGCUGGAGCAGUUCCUGACCCUCCUGCCCCGGCGGCUGCGGGUCCGUGUGAGGGAGGAGCAGCUGCAGCGGGGAGAGGAGGUGCUGGGCCUGCUGGAGGGGCUGGACCAAGGGCUGGAAGAAAAUGGCCUGCAGAUGUCUGAAAUCCUACCCUGGCCUCAGGAGCAGCUGAAUGGGAACUAUGGUGUGGAUGUGCUGCCAGCCAGAGCUGGAUCUCAGCCUCAGACAAGACCCUUGCCCGUAGCCAUGGCGGACUUGACAUUUGCUGAUGUGACUGUGAGCUUCUCGUGGGAGGAGUGGGGGCACCUGGGGCCCAGGCAGAAGGAGCUCUACAGGGACGUGCUUUGGGAGAGCUACAGGCACAUGGGCGCCCUCGGAAUCCCUGUCCCCAAACCAGACCUGAUUGCCUUGAUUGACGGAGAGGAAGAGGCCAAGUAUAGAGAGGAGAGCAUGCCUGGAGGGGCCCGGCCAGGCGGCGGGAAGAGACUGUGCAGACUGAGUCCUCAAGAGAAAGACCCCCAACAGAGCGUUCUGCCAGCUGCCACCUCCCUUCAGGCCAAGUUGCCAAAGCAGGCUAUGAGGAGAAGGGCUUCUGUGGAGGGGCCGGGAAGCCCCUGUGUUCCCCCUGCUCCUCAGAAAGGUCUUCUGGCUGCCACCAUCCCAACUCUACAGCUCCAGCUUCCCCCAGUUAAAGGAGCCAAAGGGAAGUUCUUAGCCCAACAGAGACCUCUGCCAAGUGAGGGAGGGUCUCCUCGAUGCUUGGAAGAGAAGAACCUCUGCAAAGACCUCCCAGUAUCGACCAAGGGACCCAAACAAUACAGAUGUAGGGACUGUGGGAAAAGCUUCCAUUGCAAGUCUCCUCUUGUCCGACACCAGAGAACGCACACAGGAGAAAAACCAUUUAAAUGUCCUGACUGUGGGAAAGACUUUAGCCAGAGAUCCAAUCUGAACAUCCACCAGAGAGUCCACACUGGGGAGAAGCCCUACACUUGUGUUGACUGUGGGAAAGGGUUUAGCCACCAGACCACGCUUCGUAUCCACAGGCGAACCCACAUGAAAGAGAAACCAUACACGUGUACUGAAUGUGGGAAAGGCUUCAGCCAGACAUCCCACCUGCAUGUCCAUCAGCGCGUCCACACGGGUGAAAAACCCUACAAGUGUCUUAUCUGUGGUAAAGGCUUCAAACAGAGCUCCAACCUGCAGGUCCAUCAGAGAGUCCACCGGGGAACAGUGUCCUCAAAUCGCCCAGAGUGAUGCCUAAGAGCCCCAAGGCUCCUCUACCUCAUUCAUAUAUUGGUUCGUUCAUUCAUUCAUUUAUUUAGCAGUCCCUAUGAUAAGUUCUGUCCUGUCAUGAAGACAAAGAGAGAUGCACCACAGGUCUUCCUCUAAAGUCUAAGGAUGUAUGGGAGAAAGGGGCCGUGUGCUUUAAUAUAAACCAAGUUUGAAUCCUAGCUGUAUCCUACCUGUGUCUUCUUUAACCACAUCAUCCAUUUCCCUGGUCCUCUCUCAGUCUCCUCUAUAAAACAAGGGAGCUGGGCAGAAGGACAGUGGGGCCAGGUGGGAGGAGCACUGGUUUUGAAGUCAAAGAAGCUCAGUUAGAAUCUCAGCCCUGCUGUGUUCUAAUUUUACUUGUCUGGCCCUUAGGGCUUCCUCCAUAGAAAGUAAGGGUUAUGUUCUCACUAUUCCACAAAAACAGCUUGAAAAAUUGGAAAGCAGUCUGGCAGAAAAUGGGCAUAGAUCAGCAUCUCACACCAUAGAUCAAGAUAAGUGACAAAUAAAUACAUAACAUAGACAUAAAAAAAUAACAAUAAUCAAAUUAGGGACUCGAUGAAGAAAUUCCAUACAUAGGAGAACAAGUUCACAACCCAACAAGGGGGACGAUCACAGAAGACAAAAUGGACAUUUUUGACAAUAUAAAAAUGUCUUUGUACAAAUAAAAUCCACAGAGUUAAAAUUAGGCAGGAAUCAGGUAACUGGGGGGAAAUCUCUAGAACAAUUUCCUCUGAUAAAGGUCUCAUUUCCAAGAAAUAGAAAGAACUUAUUAAAAUUGAAAUAAACCAGAGCUUUUCCUCAAGUCAAUGGUAAAAAGAUUUGAACAGGGAAUUUUCAAAGAAAGAAAUCCAAGCUGUCAAAACCAUAUUUUAAAAAUUCUUCAAAUCACUAAUAUUUAGAGAAAUACAAAUUAAAGCAACCUGGUUCCCACCUCACACUCAUCAUAUUAGCAAAGGUGACAAAGAGGAGAGUGACAAAUGUUGGAGGGGCUGUGGGAAAACAGGCUUCCCAAUGCAGGUUGGAUGGAGGUUGGCCCUUCUGGAAAGCAACUUGGACCUUUGCCUACCUAAGAGUCACCAAACUGUAUAUUUUCUUAGUAAUACCACAACUUGUCAUAUACUCUCCCCAGAGAUGAAAGAAAGGAAAAAGACCCUUGUAGGUAUAUAUGCAUGUAGAUAUGUAUACACACAAAUAUGGUAGCUUUUCCUGUUGUAGCAAAAAACCUGAAAAUUAAGGUUGUGCCCACCUGUUGGGGAAUGGCUAAUUAAAUUGCUGUACAUAAUACAAUAUUAUUUUGCUAAUGAAAUGAUUAAAUGGACAACUGUACAGGAAACUGUGAUGAUCUUUGCGAACUGAUGUACUAUAUAGUGAAGCAAACAGUUUAUAGGAUAAAAGAGAUCAUGUAAGACUGAAGAAUUCUGGGGCAGUGACAAGCCAGGAGUCCAGAGGGCCACUCAUGAAGCAUGUUUCCCACCUCUGGAUGGAGAGGUGAUUGACUCAGAAUUCAGAAUGACACGUGCAUUUUUGAACACAGCCAAUAGGAGUUUGCUUUGCCUGACUAUGCAUAUUUGCUACAAGGAUUUUGAUUUUCUUUUUUGUUCAUUUGGGAGUGGGAGAGAGAAAAAUAAAUGCUUUGAAAUGGAAAAAAGAUUUUUUAAAAACUCUGUGGUUGGACUCCAACUUCCAAGAUCUUUUAUUGUAUAAUUAGUUC